AUGAAACUGCUAACCUGGAACUGCCGAGGGCUUGGGAACCCUCGGACAGUUAACGAACUUCAUCAAUUGGUGAAGGAAAGAACCCCAUCUGUUAUAUUUUUGUCAGAAACUAAAGGUAACAGAUGUAAAGUGGAGAAGGUAAGGAACAAGCUGGGAAUGAAGCAAAGUUUUGUGGUCGACAGCAUAGGCAAAAGUGGAGGACUUGCAAUGCUUUGGAAAACUGAGGUAAAUGCUCAACUACUUUCUUAUUCAAAUAGCCAUAUAUCUUUGACAAUCUUUCCUGAGAGUAGUGGUCAACCCUGGAGACUCUUUGGGUUCUAUGGUAACCCUGCCACAGACAAAAGGAAAGCUAGUUGGAGUCUCCUUAAAAUGCUUAAACCCAAGCCUCCAAUGGCUUGGUUAUGUAUGGGAGACUUCAAUGAGAUCUUGAGUAAUGAUGAGAAGUAUGGGGUAGUCACUAGAUCUUUUUCUCAAAUGGAGUGUUUCAGAUUAGCUAUUGAUGAAUGCGACUUGAGUGAUCUUGGAUACACAGGGUCUAAGUAUACUUGGAGUAACAAUAGGGAGGGGAGAGAUUUUACUAAAGAAAGACUGGAUAGAGCUAUGGGAAACAGGGAAUGGCCAUUACAAUUCAGCAAUAGUGAGGUCUCAGUGUUACCUGCCCUCAAUUCAGAUCACUCUCCUUUGUUGAUAACCUGUGAUAAUGAGGAAGCUGGAGUUAAUAGAAGGACAAGAUUAUUUAGGUAUGAAGCUUACUGGUCAACUAAAUAG